AUGCAACUCAAACUUGCGUCAGAUGGACAUCGUAACAUCAUCAAGGACUUCUUCCCUGAUGUUGAAAGGCAUGCGGCAAUCUGCCAGGACCUCCAUGAGAACCUGAAACUUCCAUGCCAGGAGCAGCGGACUUCAACGGCCAUAGCAGACCUGCUAGAAGCUUUCGGCUUUGAAGCUAAGCGUGGAACAGGAGGCUCGCUGCUGCAUGAGGCCAAGAAGUUCUGGUUCGGCACUGUGAUCAUCUUAUGUCAACCAAACGAGGAACGGCUGCUAGGCGCUAAAGCAAUGGCUGAUGACGGGCUACUCAGCAAAAUACCCUUCCCUAGCGUCUGCUUAGCACAACACUGCGUUCCGACCCAAAGCGGAUCUAUUGCAAUGAAACCCGGCCGCGUUCUUGGCUAUCUGGACUUGCUGGAUAUCCGUGUACAUGGCCACGGCGCACAUGUCGCUACCUCCCAGCUAGGGAUAGAUCCAAUCAUGCUGGCUGUGAGCAUUCUCACACGUCUACAGAUCAUUGUGGGCCAUAAAAUGGCUCCCAAGGGGCCUAUUGUGAUAGGCUACGGCAAAAUAGGCUACGGAACAUUUCAUGCUGGUGCUGAUGCCAGCAUUAUCCCAGAGUAUGCCGACUUUUAG